AUGGAUAGAAGGAAGCUAAUAUUUGGUAAAUUCUGGCUUUUCGGCUUGCUCAAUAAUGUAUUGUAUGUGGUCAUACUAGCUGCUGCUGUGGAUAUCGUGGGCCCGACUCUACCAAAAUCGCUGAUCCUGCUGGCAGACAUUUUGCCAUCGUUCUUAGUCAAGUUGGUGGCCCCGUUUUUCAUAGAUAGGGUAGAGUAUCACUAUCGGAUAUGGAGUCUAAUUGCGUUGAGCGGCUUUGGAAUGCUACUGGUGGCAUCAGGGCGGCUGGGAGUAUGCAUUGUGGGAAUAGUGCUGGCUUCUAUCUCAUCAGGAGUAGGUGAAAUCACGUUUCUCCAGUUAACGCACUACUUCAGUCACGUUGCAUUAAACGGCUGGAGCUCUGGGACGGGCGGGGCCGGGCUGGCUGGAAGCUUUUUGUACAUGCUCCUGACUUCGAUCCUGAAAAUACCUGUCAGCAGGUCUCUACUACUGUUCUCUAUCCUACCGAUCGGAUUCCUGCUAUAUUUCACGCUUCAGGUAGAGCGAACUGCAUAUGAGCCUCUCGCGUCAGGGCACUUUAUGGAGGCAGAAGACAAUUCAGGCAGUGUGAUAAGUCUGGAGGCGCCUAGGACUACAGUAGACAACGCCCGUGACUGUGCAAGCCGGCCUCGGUUGGCCGCUCUGCGGGAACGAAUAGAAGUGACUAUGCGGCGACUAAAAGUGCUAGUAGUCCCUUAUAUGAUACCAUUGAGUACGGUAUAUCUGUUUGAAUACUUAAUCAACCAGGGCGUAUCCCCUACGCUUAUGUUCCCAAUCCAUGAGGGAUAUGGCACCUCGCAACUCUUCCAUAAAUAUAGAGAUAUUUAUGUGGCUUAUGGGACAUUGUACCAAUUGGGUGUAUUCAUAUCACGAUCUAGUGGGAGCUGGGUCCGCAUUAGAGGCUUGUAUCUGCUUAGCGUUCUACAGUUCUUAAAUCUGGUCAUCUUGCUAAUACAGUCAUGGUAUUACGUUAUCCACUCAGUUUGGGUUAUAAUGGCCAUAGUACUGUACGAAGGGUUGCUUGGCGGUGCAUCUUAUGUUAACAGUUUCCUGAAUAUUUCAGAAGACGUCCCGCUGGCUGAACGUGAGUUUUCUCUUGGCGCAGUGUCAAUUUCUGACUCCUCGGGCACCCUUGUUGCCGCCUUCAUUGGCAUUCUCCUCGAGCCAGUGCUGUGCUCUCAUCAGGUUAAAACCGGCCGCCCGUGGUGUCAGCUGGAGUGA